AGGCUCGAUGUCGUCGCUGAUAUCGUGGAGAGUAAUUUGGGGGGUACGCUGUCCUCGUUCAGUCAUGUAAAUGCCAUCUUCCCGGUGCUCCCAAGUCAUGGUGGGUUCUUCACUCUCGCUUUCUUCGUCGUCGUCAUCGUCAUCGUCAUCGUCAUCAGGGUGAGAGGCAACCAGGAGGCGGAUUUCGCUCAUGAAUUGGAAUGA